CUCUCCUUCUGCAUUCAGGAGUUACCAGCUGCCAAGACAGACUCUGAGUCCUCCCUGGCCAGGUUCUUCCACCACAUUGCUCCGCUGGGGCUCUUCAGUUCCCUGGCCCGGCUCCUCCACAAACUCUCGGCCUGGGGCGGCCCGUCUGUCCCUGUGGAGAACAUUGGCAGCCUGGACUAUCGCGCCCCUUCCCUUGACAGGCCUGUGCGGCAUGCCAAGAAGCGUCUUGGCAGACUGGCGCAGCUCCUGUUCGCCAUCAUCCCCGCCAGGUUCCAGCGUGUCCUCGGCUACCUGCCGGCAGACUGCAUGGGUCAGAGCAGGAUCCCUGAGGAGAUCCGAAAAAGUCCAGUCAAGCCCUCGGGCAAAGGGAGCAAAAGGAAACAAGAUGAUGUUGCUCUGGAGGAGCAGCAGUCCUGGGUGGAGAUCUUGCAGCAAGAGCUGCCGGAGGAGGAUGAGGCCGAAGACUCUACCUAUGAGCCAACACGAUCGGAGACGGACAGCGAAGAAUACAGGUCCCAGAACGACACAGAGACCGACCUGGAGUUUGAAGAGAAAGACGGGGUCCUGGUGCUGAAGGAAUCACCGAGUCUGCAGGAGUCUGGUGAGAACAUGCUGGCUGCAGCAAGCAGCAAUACCCUGGAGCAGCAGGCUGCAGCGAGUGGCGGUGGUGGGGACGCUCUGGAGCAGCAGGCUACAGCGAGUGGCGGUGGUGGGGACGCUCUGGAGCAGCAGGCUGCAGCGAGCUGCGGUGGUGGGGAAGCCCUGGAGCAGCAGGUUGCAGCGAACGGUGGUGGUGGGGACAUGCAGGAGCAGCAGGCUGCAGCAAGCGGCGGUGACUGGGUUGAAGUGAUUGGUGAGGAUGUCUCUCCCCUGCACACAGGAUAAAUGGUGCCCCUGGACUCCUGGACCAAGUUUCUAUUUUUCCAAAGUGGCUGCUGUGGCUUUGAAAUGCCUGGUUCUCCCCUAGCCAGCUUUGCCCUGUGAAUGUGGAUUAAACUGUCUUAUAAAAUGCAAUGUUAAUAUUUUGGAACCUG